CUAUAUGUUUUAUUGCAGAAUAUUGUCAUACUACGCUUAGGGCCAUCUUUCUUUUGCUUCCGUCUGCUGUUCAGAGUGUCUUGUGGAUUAUUAUUAGUGGAAAGUUGCAAGUAGCACACCAGACGGCCUUUCCCUGCAAGUGUACAGGAGGGGACCGUCAAAAUGAUUCUGGCAAAACUCGGCACUUUUGUGCCCCUUAAUGGGCAACAGCAAGUAAGGGGAAUGGCAACCCUAAAAGCUAUAUCAAUUCGUUUGAAGUCUGUAAAGAAUAUUCAGAAGAUUACCCAAUCCAUGAAGAUGGUGUCUGCAGCUAAGUACACCAGGGCAGAAAGAGACUUACGGCAGACGAGACCUUACGGUGAAGGUGCAAAAGUCUUCUAUGAGAAGGCUGAAGUUGCACCUAUAGGUGAUGUCCCCCAGAAAUUGAUUGUUGCCAUUACCUCAGAUAGGGGUCUCUGUGGGGCAGUCCAUACUCAGGUGUCCCGUACUAUUAGACAGGAAUUGGCAGAAGAUCCUGACAACAUUAAGAUUGUCUGUGUUGGAGACAAGUCUCGUGCCAUUUUACAACGUUUAUAUGCCAAGAAUAUUAUUUUUGUUGCCAAUGAGGUUGGUCGCAAGCCUCCAACUUUUCUUGAUGCAGCCAAACUUGCAAAUACUAUUUUGACCAGUGGAUAUGACUUCAGCUCUGGAAAAAUUGUCUACAACAAAUUCAAAUCUGUGGUGUCAUAUUCCACUGCUGAUCUACCACUUUUCAGCUUGAAGGCUGUUGAAGCUGCUCCUAAGUUGAAUGUUUAUGACUCACUGGAUUCAGAAGUUCUUCAGAGCUACAUGGAAUUUUCUCUGGCAUCACUUCUGUUCUAUGCAUUCAAGGAAGGUGCUUGCAGUGAACAGUCAUCUCGCAUGACAGCCAUGGAUAAUGCAAGCAAGAAUGCUGCUGAGAUGAUUGAUAAACUUACACUAACCUUCAAUCGCACUCGACAAGCUGUAAUCACCCGUGAGUUGAUUGAAAUCAUCUCAGGUGCUGCAGCUUUGGAAUAAGAUUCAUCUACUGUGUAAUUAGUUUUCACACUGGACUGAGGCAGUAGACAUUAGCUUAUGGCUGGUCAACAGCACUGGUCAGUAUAGUUCCCAUGUAAUUAAUUUGUUUCUGAACUUGAACUGCUGUAAUGAAGAUUACUUUUGGAGUCACUGGUUAUCAAGUUAUUCCUAUGCCAUGUAAAAUUCUGCAAAUAAUUUUGAGACAGUAUUUCCAUAUAUCAUGAUUGUAUCAUAUUCUUUAUUUGAUGAGGCAAAUCUAUUUUCUGUAUUUUUCAGUUCCUUGUGUAUCUAAAAUGGAUACAUUCAUGUAGCCCCAUACAACAUCAUAUAUUGUCCAGUGUAUCCAUUUUAGUCACACAGUUAUUGAUGUAUAUGAGGAAGUCAAUUUUCAGCCUUAAUUUUUUAUUUGUGAUUUGUAUUCUAUAAUGUGUAAUCUUAUACAAUAAUAAAUCAAAUAUUUGUAAUUCAGGUUAUCAUACUGUCCUAUAUGGAUUCUUCAGCUGUUAUCUGCUCAGAAAGAAUAAAUCUUUCAAAAAACUUUU